GUGGUUCAGUCAGAAACACGUGAGUAGCAUACUCGACUAGAUCACCAGCACUAACUCAGCUCAAAGGCCAGGUCGCACACUCAGUCGGAAGUUGGAGCGUGAUUGGUGUGCGUAUAAUUUUGCUCCAUCUCAGCGAAACCAUUCUUCCUUUAGAAAAUAAGGUCGUAUUUCCCAUUGAAUUCAGUGAGUCUGUGGAAGAGUUGAAGUCUUGUGAAGUUGGUACCACGAGCUGGCCACGGAAGACACAGCUUACCGAAAACAUUUCCACCUCCAUGCCGAAAAUGAGGCUGUUUUCACGGAUCGACAUCAUCACAUUCGUCCGCUACUUUUCCCUCCUAGCGUGCCUUGCUGUCGUGACGGACUGCGCACUGAUAAGAGUGAAGUUGACUCAUUUCAAAAGUAUCCGCAAGCGGCUGGCAGAAUCGGGAAGACUCCCCGUGUACUACCAAGAUCACCAAUCAAAGUACAACAAGGUCUUUAAAAGCAGUGGCCCUGUCCCGGAACCUUUGCACAACUACUUUGAUGCAGAGUAUUAUGGACCCAUCAAUAUCGGAACACCGUCCCAGACGUUUCUCGUCAUCUUCGACACUGGCUCCUCCAACCUCUGGGUCCCGUCGUCCCAGUGCCCGCUCACCGACAAAGCAUGCCAGAGGCACCACCGGUAUGACCAUUCCAAAUCCAGCACGUACCAUCCCAAUGGUACCGAUCUGGAAAUUCGCUAUGGCACUGGCAGCAUGAAGGGCUUCCUGAGUAAAGACAUCGUGGACGUGCAGACUGUCAAGGUAGUGAACCAGACUUUCGGUGAAGCAACCUCGGAGCCGGGCGACGUUUUUCUAGAUGUGGACUUUGAUGGCAUCCUGGGAAUGGGGUAUCCCACCAUAGCUGCCGACGGGGUCCUGCCUGUCUUCAACUCCAUGGUGCUGCAGGGAUUGGUGGACAAGCCUGUGUUUUCCUUUUAUCUGGACAGAAACACCAAUGACAGCAAAGGCGGAGAGCUCAUUCUGGGAGGGUCUGACCCUCGUUACUACCGCGGGAGCUUCACCUACGCAAGCGUCACCAUGCAAGGCUAUUGGCAGUUUGCUGUGGAUGGGGUUACAGUCAGUGGCCAGUCUGUGUGCAAAGCUGGGUGCGAGGCCAUUGCUGAUACGGGUACGUCACUGGUCACGUGUCCAACUGAUGACUGUACUGCCCUCAACAACGCCCUGGGGGCUGAAUUCCUUCCAGACGUCGGCGCGUAUGUGUUUGACUGUGCCACAGUCUCCAAGCUCCCUGAUGUGGUCUAUACCAUUUCCCAGACCAAGCUACCCCUCUCCUGGAAGGAGUAUGUGGUGAAGCAAAAUGUGUCAGGAACCACCAUUUGUCUGAGUGCCUUCACCCCAAUGGACAUCCCACCCCCCUUUGGCCCCCUGUGGAUUCUAGGGGACGUGUUCCUUGGUCGUUACUAUGCCGAAUUUGACUUUGGAAACAACCGCGUCGGCUUUGCAGAAGCAGUGUAGGGAAUGACGGAUCCCAACUGCACCGAGAGAAGCCACUGAUUCAAGAAGCUGCAAACUACAGCAGAAAAUCAUGUCAGGCAAAUUCAGGAAACAGUGACUAUGAAGCUCUCUCUGCAGAAUUUGGCAACUACUGUGCAGUUUAUUGGACUUAAAUUACAUUUUUAAACAGUACUUAAUUAACAGCCACGUGUUAAGCAGGACAUUGUGAAACAUGUACCUACAUGUAAGGUGGUUCUGUUAUACAGUCUAUAGAUCACAAGCCGUAUUAAACAGAAUGUUGAUGGACGUAAACAGUAAUGAUGGAAUCAUUUAGGUUUAAGACCAGUCAAGCGCAUAAUAUUAUUUAUUCCCAGUCACAGAUAUAUAGACUUUCUGCAUCUGAAAGCCACAAGAAGUUUUUGCAAAUUCUAAAUUUCCCAGGAUUUUUUCAACAAUUUUACUUUUUUUGAGACACCCUCCUAGUCAUGUUGUGGUAUGUGCCUGCUGCAAGCUGGUAUUUUGUCAACCAUUUUGUUGGGGAAAAGGGGGGGGGUCUUUGUUCUUGAAGUAUGUCCGGACUUUUCAUUUUCAUUUCUUAAUCCCUGUAAAAUGAUACCUUAAUUUGACUCUGAGGACCACCUCAAACAAAUGGUUCUCUUGUGAGAACGAAAACGUAUGCUUAGCAUGGAAUGCUCUUGAUAAUCCAAAGAACCACAAUAAGUGCGUGCAGUGCACAUACACAGUUCCUGUUCUCUUUGUAGGCAAGCCAAACACUGCAGGGUAUGGAGACACCCGGAAACAGAAUGUUCCGAGGAUGUGAAUAAGUUCAUUGUCGUGGUAAUCUGUCAGUCCAAAUACUAAUACUAAUGAUAAAUUCUACCUGUUGUUGAUUUGUAAUAAGCGUUUCUACAAUCAGAAACAUUGAACCGAUUAUUUUGCGAGCACUUUGCAUGGCCUGCUAGUUUGUAGCAUCUUCUUUUGUUUGUUGCAUUUUUUGUUUUUUUUGUUUUUUUCAGAGAACUUCAGUUGUGAAACACAUGUGUUUAUAAUAUGCAGCCAAACAAACAGGAAAAGCAGGUUAACGUAGUUGUUCAGGAAUAAUAAUAAGCGAUGUUUGAUUUUUUUUUUGCUGAAUUUGGGCAUUGAAAUAGCUUUUACCUAUUAAGUGGAAUGUUUUGUUAUUGAGUUUUAUUGGCUGGAAAAAAGUUAAGAUAUGAAUUUCCAUUAAAAGCACUGUCUUCCUUGA